UAAGCCUUCGCUUUUUUCCUUUCAUAACCUCACUACCCAAUACUAAUCAACCUUCCUUGCUUCAUUUUAACUUUAAUUUCUCUCCUAUGAUUUGAUCCCUUGUUAUUAGUUGUCCUAUCAUGUUCAUCAACGUCGGUUUUGGAAAAAAAAAAAAAAAAAAUCUCUUUUUGACAAUCAAAACUCCGUUUGCCCUUCUAAAUGAUGAGAUCUUAUUAUUUAUGUUUGACAUCUUCUAAGGCAGUUAAUUUCUUUAUGCAGUGGAUCUUGUCAAGGGGAUUUCCAAAAUUAAGGAGGAGUUUGUAAAAUGGCUGGUCUAGCAACUGCGGAGAUUAGUGACGCAAAUGCAGCACAUGUAGCAAGUGGUGAUGUGAGGGUGAUGCAUCCAGUGUUCAAGGUUUAUGGUCAGUCCACGGCGUUCUCAGGCCCCAUUGUGACUGUGAAGGUGUUUGAAGACAACGUGUUGGUGAGGGAGAUUCUAGAGACCAAAGGAGAAGGAAGAGUGUUGGUUGUGGAUGGAGGGGGAAGCUUGAGGUGUGCCUUGUUGGGAGGGAAUUUGGCACAGAUAGCACAUAACAUGGGGUGGGCUGGGAUUGUAGUCAAUGGCUGCAUAAGAGAUGUGGAUGAGAUCAAUGCGUGUGACAUUGGCGUCAGAGCACUGGCUUCUCAUCCACUCAGAUCCAACAAAAAACGCACUGGUGAAAAGAAUGUCCCUGUCUAUGUUGGGGGAACUUUCAUUCGGGAGGGAGAAUGGUUGUAUGCAGAUAACGAUGGCAUACUCGUAUCAAAAUUUGAGUUGUCAACCUAAACUAGUUAAAUAUUAUUGCCAUUUGAAUGUUUUUUCCAGCUUUUUAAGUAAUUCUAUUUCUGGUUUAAUUUGUGGAGGAAUUGUUGAGUGAAUAAAUUCUUCAGAAUCUCUUGUGUGGA